AAUGACAACCCAAUUCAAAAAUGAUGGGCUCUUUAUUUCAGUGCCAAAUAGCAAAUUGUUGAUUACUACAAGAGAAAAUGCAGAGGAAUUGCAAAUUUCAACUCAAACAAUUCUUGGCUACUUUUUUCUGGAGCCUUGGAGGCAUUUGAUAUUCUGGUCAACUUCGCUUCAACUUUCCUUUGAAGCUUUGGAAUCAAUGAAGCGUAGCAGAUAUUUCCUCUUGUUGGGGUGCAAAAAUGGAAGAAAAGGGGAAACAAGAUAGCACUGCCGAUGUGAACUAGAAUUGUAUGGACAAACUUAUUCAACUGAAUGUCUUAAUGGUAUGAAAAAACAAAAACAGAAAGGGUUAUCCUUAUUCCUUCAGAGUUUGAGAUAGGGAGAAUGGGCGAAGCGGCGUUGUAUUUACUACUAUAAUAGUACUGUUUAGAUUGGUGGCACCACUGCAUGGAAGCAGCAUGACACGUAUUCGUAGUCAAAGCGGUCGUGAUGUGUCUUUUGAUUUGAUGCGGAAGAUACUGAUAAAUCAGAUAGGUGAGAUCGAUUCCUAUUUUAGAAGGGGAAAAUGGUCCAUCGUCUAGAAUUGUUUCACUAAUAAUUGAAGUUAAUUUACCUUACUCGUUAUAAAAAUGAGCUAAUUGAAGUCAUCCCUAAACCGGAAAUGGUGGUUCAUGAAGUCGACUUCUUCUUGUACCAUCCUCAGCAGCUUUCUUGUAUGGUGCUCUCUCUCUCUCUCUCUCUCUCUCUCUCUCUCUGUUUUGUUGGUGGGGGGAAUGUUUUCUGGUCAAUUUCUUUUUAUCCUGAGUGUUUAUCAUGUGAAAAGUGUUUUUUUUUCCCAUUUAAUUUGUGGAUUCAUGGUAUCAAACAUGCUCCGCUAUCAUGCGUCUGCUUUGGGUUAAAGUGCCUGAUAAGGCUUGGUACAAAUCUGAGCAACUUCAUUUUAAAAAAAAAAAAAAAAAAAAAAAAAAAAUUUGGCCUAAAAGGGGAUUUCAUAUAUUAACAUCAAAUAACAAAAAAAGGAAAGAUGUUCGACCAAAAAGUAAAAAGCAAGUAAAGGAACGUAAAAAAGCAACAUUUCUCAUUUUAAAUCGCUAACUUCAGCUGCCCGUCCAUAGCUCUCUCCUGUCGGUGAUUCAAGCUCCAUAUCUGUGGAUGUAAAUCAACGGUUUGUACCGCUUUUCUAUGCAAGUCUUGGACCAUAGCAGCUCGAACCAUCGCUGUUUUGUUGCUGGUGAGUCUCUUUGAAGUGCGGUUCUGCUGAAAUGGACUCCGAUGUGCUUUUCGCUGUUCAUCUGCUGUGAAGCUUCUGGGAUAUCUAUGAAAGUUGACCUCUAAGGUUCUUAGAAGAGGUGAUCCUCCACGACAACUCAGAAGUUGGGUGCAAAAAUGGAAGAAAAGGGGAAACAGGAGAGCACUGCCGAUGUGAACAAGAAUUGUAUGGACAUUGAAUUCAUCCCUAAACAGGAAGAGUUGAACCAUCCCUGCCAAGCGGCAGCAUGUAAGAGCUCGGAGAAUGAUGGUAAGCUGAUCGGAAAUCGAAAGACACUAAAUUACAUUGAGGGGAAGGAUAGGAAGAGGAGUGAGUGGCCAAUGCGUGAGUACAGACUGGACAACAGCAGAGAUGGUACUACUUCUGACGACAUGCAGAUAUAUACGGCGUUAAACAAUGAUGAGAUUAGUGUCAAUCCACCAACGCUCAACCAUCACCGUGAUGCGUGUGAUCUUCCUUCCUCUGAUCAAGUUCCAUUGGUUGAAGGUUCACCCUAUGGUAGUCGUGAAAAUGAAGCACCGAGAUAUGGCGGGUGGCCGUUUCGUACUCCAGAAACUAGGCUGCCACCAUUUGAUGGACCGUUUGAGUCCUUGACUGAAGAAGAGUUGGCCUUCUUUGAUAACCCUGAUCCUGAUUAUCCAAGAAAGAGGCCAAGAAAUGAUUGAUAUUGUACAUUCUAGUAUUCUAGUGGUUCUAGUUAAAAUUACAAUUUUUUCCUUUAAAUGCAAACUUCCAGUUCAUGAGUAAAGGUAUGAAGGCACUAGAGUUUCAGGGCCAAAUAAUUGUGAAGGCCUUCAUACAGAAUUAUUUCAAUUGUUUUAGCAUUUACUAUCUUUAUCGCAUGAUCUUUUUUUUUU